UUCAGUCUACGAUCCACGAUCGCCGAAGCGGCAGUCCAGUCGUAGUACGUACUAGUACGAGGUAUUAACUCGAACGUGAACGUGAAACUGUGCGCGGUGUUGUUUUGGCGUGCUACGACUUCUCCUCUACGACAAUCGUGUGAAUGCACAGUCGAACCAAAGUUCAGAGUGCAACUAUACGUGAGACAGGACGUCACGACUCGUGCAUCGUCACAAUCGUCACAAUCGUCACAAUCGUCAUGUACGACGUUGCGAGUUGGAAAGCGUUUCAUGGUGAUUGGUCAUUUGUCGGUAAGAUGGUUGUGUAACGCCGCAUCAUCGAAAGAUGGGGCUGCGGGUGAUUUACAGAUCCAACCUCUGUUGUGAACUUGAACUACUGUACGCGUGACAAUGGCUGUGCAAAACAGUUUGGUAAUAGCCGAGCACAUCCGAUAGGCAGUGGUUGACCAAGGUGAUAGUGGUUGAAGAUAUAUUUUAUACCAAGGUGCUGGUACCGAUCAUUACACACGUCGAGCACGUGGAGUGGUCGAGUAAAUUGCCAAAGAUAAGUGUCACACGACGUUGCCAAUCUUCUCUAUCCUCUCGGAGUCGAGAGUGUUAAGUGCUUGUGUCUUGCCGUUGAACGCUCCUCUGAUUUUCCGGAUAAACUAUUGUGGCGGCGGUGGUGGUGGUGGUGGUGGUGGUGGUGGGUUGUAAUAUCUCUCCUCCGAGUGCCGAAAAGGGAAGUCCGAUGGCUUUAAUGACACGUGCGGGGUACUUUGGAUGAUGACGAGUCGGCUCGACAAUUCGCUGAGGGACACUGAUGAGGAAGCGAGUCGCGAUGAUCGGUUGAUUACAACCACGUGUGACCGUCGGUGAAACAGCUGAAAUAAACGCCGUGAUUGAAAAAACUGUGUGUCAAGGGAAAAUAGUGAGGAAAAGAGGAGCGUCUACUGCUCACUGGGAUUUGGAUGGCACCUGAUUUAGGCGGCAAACGAUCGCCAGGCAGAGCGAUUACUGCUGCUCAUUGCAGUGCCGGAGGGAUGCUACUUUUGCAGCACAGACGAUCCGCGGUGGGACACUCACUCGACGGCUAUCUGCAUGCUGGAAGUGCUGGGGGUCUGUCAUCAACUGCGACUGGGACUUCCGCGAGAGGAACGGUAGCGCCAACGGCUAGAACAUAUUCCUCGAGGAGGAUCAACCACCCUCGUCAAAGUGCGCAGCCCAAGGUGCUGCUUGCCUCGGCGAGGCCAAACUCUGGUAUCCGGGGUUCCGAUGAACUCGCGGCGAGACUGAUAAGCGCCCAGGACGCCUGUGACAAUUCUAACGACUCGGGCCUCGGCUUCGAAGAGCGGCAGCAGCAGCAGCAGCAGCAGCAGCAGCUCUCCAACGCCGGCUGGAGCGCUGGCGAGGAGGAUUCGAAGCGGCGCAGAAUGGACAUAAAGCUGGAAUCGGAGGACGCCAACUUUGCGUUCCCGGAAGUUCAGGCACGCGGCCGAAACGAGACGAAGACCGCUGCAAGGGGUAAUACAAAUGGUAUCGGAGGUGCUUCUAUUCCCAGAGAUAGUACGUCAAGAGACGGAAAGACGCAACUGCAGAUAAUCUGUCAGCCGGAGCAGCAGCAUAGAGCUAGAUACCAAACAGAGGGUUCACGAGGCGCUGUGAAGGAUCGGACAGGAAAUGGAUUCCCAAUAGUGCGUCUGGUCGGUUACGACAAGCCAACGACCCUCCAGGUCUUCAUUGGCACAGACCUGGGUCGAGUUGCUCCACACAUGUUUUACCAGGCAUGCAGAGUGAGUGGAAAAAACUCGACCCCUUGCGUUGAGCGCAAGGUGGAUGGUACGAUUGUCAUUGAGGUGGACAUGGAUCCGGCAAAAGAAAUGCUGGUCACCUGUGACUGCGUCGGCAUUCUGAAAGAGCGAAAUGUUGAUGUCGAGCAUAGAUUUCCCCAGGAAGCUGGCAUUCUUCAAGGGCGCAGUAAAAAGAAAUCUACCAGGUGUCGCAUGGUGUUUCGCACUACUAUUUCGCACCCUAACGGCACCACUGAAACUCUACAAAUUUGCUCACAGCCCAUCGUUUGCACUCAACCGCCAGGCAUACCAGAAAUCAGCAAAAAAUCUCUCACGUCAUGUCCAUGCACCGGUGGGCUGGAGCUGUUCGUGCUGGGAAAGAACUUCCUGAAGGAUACACGAAUCGUGUUUCACCUGGACGACGAAGAUAUGUCGAGCAGCAUGGAGCCACACUGGGAAUGCGCCGUGCUUCCUGACAAGGAAUUUCUGCAGCAGACGCAUCUGGUCUGCGUGGUUCCGCCAUACAGACGCCAAGAUCUCGAACCCAACGAGUCGGUUAGUGUGAAACUCUACGCAGUUUCAUCGGGGAAGACUAGCGAGCCUCAUGCUUUUCUUUAUACCGCUGCCUCUGCCGCUCCUGAACCAUCUGUUGGAAAAAUAGAAUCUGUUUUACCCGUUUUGACCACUACUUCAGCCGAAGCCACUCUGACUUCGUCCACAGAGGUUGUUUCUCUGACAAGCGUUUCUACGAGCUCGCUACUUUCGCCAGUGGUGACAAGCACGUCAAGUUUCGCAUCGGCCAUGGAACAGCAGCCGUCGCAGCCUCACUCCGAGCCGCAACAAGUGCAACAACAACAACAACAACAACAACAACAACAACAACAACAACAACAACAACAGCAGCAGCAGCAAGAAGUGUUGAAGAGCGAGAGCUGCCAGUCACCUCCAUCAUCGAGUUCGCCAGUAACGCCUGUAAUGAUGUGGACCACACAGUCCCAGAGUUCGUGCACAAAUGUAAUGAUGCCACCACCUCCGAUGAUUGCAAGCCCAAUACUAAGCAUUCACUCGUCUUCCGAUCUCCAGCUGAUACUCCCCGAUAACCUGAAAACCGAGAUCCUCGACGAAAGCAGUCAGAGCAGUAUGAUUAGCGAAAACAGCAUGCAGGGACUGCCGAGCAGCACAGCAACCAGCCAGCAAGCAGCGUCCCGUCCCCUGCAAAUAAGUGGCGAAGGCUCGAGGGAGGCUCCAGCAUCACUUCUGUCUGUCGUUAGCGCUAAUGUCUCAGCAGCUGUGAGUCCCUCUGAGGAGACAGCAGUUAAUCUGCUCGGGGUCGCAGACAUGAUUCGAAAUCAACAUCCGCUCGCCCUCUCUCCGCAAGAUCCCUUCAGCGUUAUGCAAGACUCUCCUCAAGUGAAGGUCCUCAGUCCACGACACAUCAAUAAAGAAUCGACGGGGCUUUUGUCGUCCGGAGACGGAGACGGAAGCUCCAGUGGACGGGUCCAGGGUGCAGGUGUCGUCGAUCUACGAAUGAAACAACAACAACAGCAGCAACAGGAUUUCUCCACCCUGACGACGUUUGCUGCAACUGCUCCUGAUCAAAGUCUACCUGCGCAAAGCGGACACAGCAUUGAGAAGUACCUGAACCACAUUGAGACUUCCCCAUCACAGAACAAGGAGCCAGAGAGAGGCGGAGCAGGAAGCGAUUUUGUGGCCAGCGUCCAGCAGCGAGGGUCAAUUAUAUCGACCGGCAGGCAACAGCAGCAGCAGGUUUCGCAACCUCCAAAUAUCCUUGCUCCGACACACGCGACUAAGAAGUUAGAUGCUUUGGUCAAUUCUGCAGCUGAAACGCACCAGCUUGGUUCACCAGUUCCAGCCUCUGAAAUCUCGACGGUGAAUCUGAUAGGGCAUGUUUCUCCGGACGCCGAGGCGAUCCAUCGACAGCAGCAGCACGACGUUAUGUCUGGAUCUCCGCAGCCAAGGAACAGUCCGCCUAUUCCUGUUAAGGCGAUGAUACUCGAGGCACUCAUGCCCGGGCCAACUAUCUCUGGACAGCCCAUGACACCUGUCAGCGUCGCUGUUCCUGCAAAUAAUGGAGCACCUGAGAAAUUGCCUGAGGAAAAUCUUCUAACGACUAUUGCCACUGCGCUUCUGCCUCCCAUGCAGGAACCACCGAUCAAUACUGCUGCUGGUACCGCCGCUUCGCCUACUUGCGUUACCACCAUUCAUCGUCCGCUGCAGGUACCAAGCGAGCCGAUUCCCUCAGCAGCUGAACAGAUCCAGCAGAUGCAGGUUCUUGCACAGCAGGAAGUGGCUGCAAUGCAGCAAGUCCAACAGGUUGAGCAAGUGAUGGCACAGGCUCAGCAGCAAGUUGAGCAGGUUGUGGCCCAUGCACAUCAGCAGGCAGUUCAGGCAGUUCAGCAGGCGCAACAGCAAGUGGUCCAGCAGGUUGUCCAGCACGCGCAGGUGGUCCAGCACGCGGUCCAGCAGGUCCAGGCAGUCCAGCACGUACAAGCGGUUCCAGCGGUGCAGCAGGCGGUUCAACAGGCUACGCAGGAGGCUGUUCAACAGGCGGUUCAGCAGGCGACCCAAGAAGUGGUCCAGCAAGUCCAGGCGGUUCAGCAAGCGGUGCAGCAGGCACAGGCAGCACAGGCAAUGCAGCAUGCGGUUCAGCAAGACAUAGGAUCGAUGCUGAGCCAGCCGGCAGGUUUUGUUGCCGAAGCGAGUUCGGCCCUGGCCAGUGGAGCAGCGCAGGAGCCAAGCCAGCAGAGGCUGACAACAGCUGCCGAACAGGCGAUAAAUUCAGUGAUAACAAACGCGACACAGGACAUAAUAAACAAUCGUCCAAUAACUACGACGACAGCGCACGCGAUCAUUGCUACAAAGAAUAUUCUCAACAGUGUUGCGACGCAGAGCGCACAGCUAAUGAACACCGCCAUGGAGGGGAUUCUGCCAAAGUCUCCGACUGGACAGGGUGCCAUGGUCGAGCAAGUUACCAACAAGGCGACAUUGCCAGUGGGCAAUUCUAGCCAAGGUGUCAGUGUGCCUGUAACUGCCAGCGGGCCUGUUAAUCCCAGCAACGCUGGACCACCUGCCAGGAAACCUGAAGAUGCUGGGGGCAUGUUGCCACAGGAAUUAACUUCUAUGUCUGAGCAUGACCUUCUCAGCUAUAUCAAUCCCAGCUGUUUUGAUCCCCAAGGAGGAUUUCUCAUGUAGUAUCGAUGUUGAUAUGGGUGCUAUAUUGGAUUACUCUAAUACACAUAUAUACUAACCCCCUCCCCCCAAAUUCGCAAAAUGAUUAAGGUGCUUUGAACAUUUACGAGUAUUGGGAUAAUUUAUUUUUAUUUUGAAACUUUGACUCGAUUUGGAAUUUAUAAAAUGAUCGUGUAUUAUUAUAUUGUCAGAAACUGCAUCCCGGUCAGCUAGGCCGGAAUAAACAUCAUACAGAUUUUU